UCGCACUAUAGAGUGCGACAUCGCAAAAAAGUUGACCAAGUUUGAAGAUUUGUAGCGCGCGACGAGCGAUUUACUGCGAUCCUAUCUAUAGAUGCGAUGUCGUUAUAAACAAAGAGGAUCUCUUUGGUUAUAAAUAAACGUGCAACGACAUCGAUCCGAGAGUGAUAUUGUCAUUAAAUUAUAAAAUUGCAAUAAAUGGUAAAUAUGCAAUAAAUGAUGUUAGGUUUUGUAAUCGCGCAUCGCGUUUAUAUGAAUAGGUAGAAAAUCCUAUUCUCGCGAUUCGUCGCAUAUCGCGUGUCGCGUCAUCGCGCUGGUGUUACUGAGACUGAGAGAGAGAGAGAGAGAGAGAGAGAGAGAGAUUGCGGUGGAACGAGUUAAACAGUAUUUAGAUCAUGUGCCGACUGAAAAUACAAUGGGCACUAAUCAACCUUACGCGUGGCCUAGUCAAAGUGUUGUGGAAUUAAAAAAGUUGUUUUGAUGUACAGGAACCAUUUAGUGCCAUCGUUGAAAGAGAUAACAUUCGUUACUCGACCAGCGGAAAAAAUAGACGUCGUUGGUCGCACCGGUGCUGGAAAAAGUUCGUUACUAGCUUCGUUGUUUAGACUGACAGAGAUCAGUUCUGGGAGUAUAUUAAUCGACAACGUGAAUAUUCAAACGUUACAACUGAACACAUUAAGAUCCCGUUUAGCAAUUAUACCUCAGAAUCCGUUUCUUUUCUCGGGUACUAAUCGAGAGAAUGUGGAUCCGUUGGAUCAGUAUACCUAUAUGCACAUACAUAUAUACAAAACCUUCGAGAAAUGUAAAGUGCAUUCUUUAGUUCAUCGAAUGGAUGGUUUGGAUGCAGUCUUGGAUGAAGGUGGUAGUAAUCUCAGCACUGGGCAGAGACAAUUGUUCUGCUUAGUCAGAGCUGUGCUACACAAUGCGAAGACAAUCAUCAUAUAUGGAAGGAUUAUAUAUAUCAGAAAACUCUGUUAUGUUAGAGUUAUAUUCUUUCACUGCGAUAAGAAACCUUCCUUAUAAUCGAAGUUUAGCACGUAUCAUAUCUUGUUGGUGUUGAUGAUUGUACUUGAUACAUAAUUUGUUCGCAAAUGUUAUUAUUAAUUUAUCAUAUUUAAUACUUUGUGUAACAUCAUCUUCCCUCAAAACUGGGAAUAAAACUUUUCUUACUGUCUCA